GGUUGCCGUCAUUUCACCGCCCUUGCCACCAGGGUACUCCAAAACUACCAAUGGCCUUUUCCAGCCAUGUGCAAUGCACCCCCAGACCAUCACUCACACAGAAGACUGUUUGAAUGUUGGCAGAAGACAUUCAUCAAGGAAUGGGACCUUCUGAGCGACACAUCGAUGCAUCCCAUAACCAUCCAGCACCUUCGCAACUGAGGUAGCACCAAUACAAGGCUCCACCUCAUUGCCAAUUUGUGACAAUCAAC